AUGUUUCACGCGGCUUCGGCGCACACCCAGCCACAGACACACUCCACCAAGACAGCCGCUACCACCUCUUCGAAGCACCAGUCGCAGCAAUCCAUGUACCCCAUCACCAACGCGACGAUGUUCCAAGGCUUCCCGAUGACCAUGAACGACGGCCGUGCUGUUGUCUACCUCGUGCCCUCUCCAGCCACCGCCUUCCCCGUCCCUCAAUCCCAGCCGUGGUGGCAGGCGAACGGCAGUCCAAUGCUGUCCGCCGCGCUGGGCUGUGGCAAGCCGGAUCAUCUCACCCCCACGUGGCCUUCCCCUUCCGCCUUUUCCCCUAACACCAGCUGCAGCUCCCAGCAGACGCUACCAACGACGUCAGAGACGCAUCAGGCACCGUCGGCGCUGCUGGCCGGUCCCCCGCCUUACGCCGGCGACAAGUUGGCCGCCGCCUCCUCCUCCGUGUCCUCCUCCGUCAACGGGAGCGCGACGACGCAGCGGCAGUCGGCGGCGCUGUCGGUGAACGGCGUGUCCACCGCGAGGGCGAGCGGGUGCGACACCUCCACGACGAGCAACGUCAGCGGCGGCAACGGCACCGCGUCGUCGACGGCGGUCUGCCCGUCCGUUAUGCCAUCAGCCUCGUCUCUGCCGCCGCCGGCGCAAGCAUCGCAGCGAUGCUUCUGGGUGGACAGUGCGACGGGCGCCAUGAAGGCUAUGACUAGUGAGGAGCUCGCGGCGGCGAUGACGGCAGACGUGGGGAGCCCGAGCGCCGCCGUGCCGGCCUACGCGAUGCCACCGCCACCACCACCGACCGGCGCCAUCGCCUCUGCCGCGGCGUACUCCGUGGUCCCUCCGAUGCCGUUCGACACCACCAUCGGCCCCGUCUUCUCCGCGGCGAUGCCGGGUGCACUGCCGUUCAUUCCGAUUGUGGCGAUGCCGCCGCCGCCGCCGGCCCCUAAGGCGGUGAACGGACUACAGUACGAGCACGGGGAGACCUACGAGGGCUUCGUGAAGCGCUACAACCCGAACCGCGGCUUUGGCUUCUUGACGGCGACGCAUCACAUGAAAGCCGACAGUGCCAGCUCCACCAGCGCGAGUCUCACCGGCUCGCUGACCGCGGCGCCGAGCAGCAGCUACGGCAGCAAUUCCACGGCGCCGCCAGUGAAGGAGCGCCGCAUCCCGGUGCACGUUGGCGACAUCUUCGUCCAUCAGUCCUACAUGCACAUGCAGGGCUUCCGCACCCUGCCGGUCGGCGGCCGGGUGCGUUUCCGUGUCGGCUACAAGGACGGCCAGCAGACCUUCCAGGCGGUCGAUGUGGAGUUGCUGCCGCAGGUGGUGCCGCAGAACAUGGAGACCUCGGCCACGCCGGCCGCCUCACCGAACGCGGCGAACGCAUCGACGCCAUCGGCGGACAAGGCGUCGAAGGCGUUCUCGCUGCGCGGCGCGGUGGCACCGACGUUGAAUUCUCCAGCGCCGCUGCACCCGGCGAAGUCAGCGGCGGAGUUUGAGAAGAUGAUCGGCUCGGUCGGCUCGCCUAUCGCAGGCGGGAGUCACACCGAAGUGUGUCGCUCCUUCUUCUCCGGCGCCAAGGAUAAGGCGCUGUGCCGCAGCCCGGUCUCUCCAACGGAGGGGAGCAGCAUCAACGGCGUGGACGAGGAGGAGGACGACUCCCCGUUGAUUGAGCUCGCCUACGAGGUGUACACAAGCCUAGAGGGGUGA